UUUUCUUCAUGUCCUUUUCUUUUUCACAUGAUUUACAGUUUACUCCACCCUUCUUUUAUUUCUUGUUUUAACAGCUAAGCAUUUUCUUCAACUCAUGAAUUUUCUUACACACUCAUCAUAUUGCUUGAAAGUAAAUUUGAAAAAAAAAAAAAGAAAAAGACUCUUUCAGCAACUAUUUUUAUUUUCUCUACUUAUGUCCUCAUUACUUCAUUAGAGUUAAACUUUUUUUUUCCAAUACAUAUUCAUAAAUUCACAUACUAGAUAAUUUAGUUCAUAUGAUUUAAAAGAUGAAAUUCUAAACUUCUGUCUGUCAAAGAGAAAUUACACUCGUCGAUCAUUUUUUAUUUAAAAAGCCAUUUGAACUUACUUGCUUAGCAAAUUGUAAAGUUUUAUUUACUAAUUAAUGAUAAUUUAAAGUAAAUUAUAUAUUGUAUAAAUAAGUUUGGGCGUGAAAAUGAUAGAGCAUAUAAUAUAAUAUCAAUUGAAGAAAGUAAUUUGUUAUUUUGAUUGUAACUAAAAUUGCUACCAAUACCACACAAGUAAAGCUUGUGUUUGUCUAUACAAAAAUUAAAUUGUAAGUGUUUUUUAGUUCAAAAUGAUACACUUGUUAGACUAUCUAAAUGCACAUUUAGAAUAGACUUAAUUAAGUAGCUAGCUUUCAAACAGAUUCCAAAAUUGUCAACUUCUCAUAAACUGUAUACUUGGUUGACAAUAUUAGAAACCUCAAGGGGCACAAAAGAAAAUAAAAAAAACUUUUGACACAUUUGUCAUCAAAGUUCCCUCUAUAAAAGAAGCACCAACUCCACUAGUUUGACAACACACAAAGGAAAAAAAGGCAAAAGCUGAUAGAUAUAUCAAUUGCAUAAUCUUGAAGAAAUUUUGUAAGCAACAAUGGAGGGUAAAGAAGAGGAUAUGAAGGUUGGAGCAAACAAGUUUUCAGAAAGGCAACCAUUAGGGACUUCAGCACAGAGCAAAGACUACAAAGAGCCACCACCAGCACCAUUAUUUGAGUCUGGUGAACUACAUUCUUGGUCUUUUUGGAGAGCUGGGAUUGCUGAGUUCAUGGCUACUUUCUUGUUUCUAUACAUAACUGUUUUGACUGUCAUGGGGUACUCAAGGGCUAAUAGUAAAUGUAGUACUGUUGGUGUUCAAGGCAUUGCUUGGGCUUUUGGUGGUAUGAUUUUUGCACUUGUUUAUUGCACUGCUGGUAUCUCAGGUGGACACAUUAACCCUGCUGUGACAUUUGGUCUGUUUCUGGCAAGGAAAUUGUCCUUAACCAGGACAGUGUUCUACAUUGUGAUGCAAUGCCUCGGUGCAGUUUGUGGUGCUGGUGUUGUCAAAGGGUUCCAGCCAUCUUUGUAUGAGACCAAGGGUGGAGGUGCCAACGUUGUGAGCCAUGGUUACACAAAGGGAGAUGGCCUUGGUGCUGAGAUUAUUGGCACUUUUGUUCUUGUCUACACUGUCUUUUCUGCUACUGAUGCCAAGAGAAAUGCUAGAGACUCCCAUGUCCCUAUUUUGGCUCCUCUUCCAAUUGGAUUUGCAGUGUUCUUGGUUCAUUUGGCCACCAUCCCUAUCACAGGCACUGGCAUUAACCCUGCUAGAAGUUUAGGUGCUGCCAUUGUCUACAACAGAGAACAUGCAUGGGAUGACCAUUGGAUUUUCUGGGUGGGACCAUUCAUUGGCGCUGCACUUGCUGCCUUGUAUCAUCAGGUUAUCUUAAGAGCAAUUCCAUUCAAGAGUGGAAACUGAGUCUUGCCCAAUGGGCUAUGGCUAUGUCUCGUUUCAGUAUCUGGUUACUUUUCUAUGAUUGACAAUGAUGUUUCUAUGUUUGAUAUGUACAAAGCUGUUGUAAUGCUUUAUUGUUGUAUUGUUCUUAUUUAUUCUAGCUUCUGUAUCUGUCAGUCUGAUUGCUUUAUUUUGUCUGCUGCUAUGUCAUUUUUAGAGCUUUA